UUUGUCGUGUGUGUAUGUGUUUGUUUUCAGGAAGAGAUGUCGGCAAACACAGAGCUCAUUCAAACUCACAGAGAGAGAAUCUCUAAAGCGCCAAACCUCAUCAACAUCGAACUCUUCUGGAAAAGCUACCAGGGUCGCAGAGAUCUGAACGUCGAGAGGAAUAACACGUUCAAAUGUCCUGUGAUGCUGGUGGUCGGUGAUCAGGCUCCGUAUGAGGAAGCUGCUGUGGAGUGCAACAGCAAACUAGAUCCAACUACGACCUCAUUUCUCAAGGUCUAAACUUCACCUGUUUCA